ACUGCACAGGAUUUAUGCAAAAGCUUAAUUUCUCCCAUACACACUAAAGAAUUUAUACACUCCAAACAAAGUUUUGGAAAAUCUCCAUAAAUUAUGUUUUAGUGUGGACAGGGACCUGAACCAAGAAAGGUUUAGUUUUAAAAGUGACUGACUGGACAGUUUUAAGUCAGAUUGAUACUUCUGCGUCAAAUUGAUAUUAUAGGUUUGGCAGCCUAUGCAGGUGACUCCCUGACGGGCUGACAAAAGAGGACUUUGAAGUUAUGCCCAUUGAAAUGAACUAUGGGAUGGAAGACAAGAACCCCCUUGAUGAAAUGUAUUUCUACAGCAAGUCUGACAUAAACACUGCAAAAAAGAUCCCCAAAGACCAAGUGUCCAAAUUUCUCCCAGAUGAAUUUUCUGAGAAACUGAUCAGGUUUUUCUGUAAGAAGACUGAUGACAAGAGUCUGAAGGCUGCCAAGGAGCACUUUGACAAUUGAUAUAAAGAAAAGGACUUUUCAGUGCCUCAGGAUGGAGACACCGGAGCUCAGCCGUGAGGAAAAUUUCCCCAAAAAUUAAUCUGAAGUUUUGGAAGAUCAAAACUGAUAAAUAGAAAGCAAAAAUUCCCUAACAAAUGUAUGCUUCUUUGCGUAUUCUCUGUGUUUUCUUUAUAAUUGGAAUCUGCCAACAUAUGUAAUGGAGUUUUUCAUUUAAAGUGAACAUUUAAUUUGUGGUUCAGGGAUUUCAAAUAUUUAGUGGUGUUUGGUUUUAAUGUUAAUCAUGUGAAUUAAUGUGGAAAUCAGAUUAGAUACAUUUUGAUUCUGAGUGAUGUUUGAUUGAGAUUUUUUUCUGGUGGUGGUUGUGGAUCCAGCUUGGUUAUUUUACUGAAUAUUUCUUCCACUACAGGAUUUACUGUUACUUAUUCACAGUUUAUUCACUUUUAUUAAUGGCAUCUUUUAUUUUGUUAAUUAUUCUACCUUUUGAAACUCUUGAGAAGCACUAUGUUUUUCAUCUAUCAAUAUGAAAAAAGCAUUUAAUACUCAUACGAUAAAGGCUCAAAUCUUUUUUUUUAUGUAAUCAUUUGUAUGAAUGUGGUUAAGGCAAACUUUGGGUUUCAUUGUGUUUUGCUCAUUGUGUGAAAAUGUUUUAUAUUGUUAUUAUGUAAUGUAGCUAUAAAGGGAAACCUACCAGAGGUUAUUAGAAGUUUUGAACUUCAUUCCUAUUGAGACAGGUUGAUAAUAGAAUAUUUGAAAUAAAACUCUUUUACUCUUCAUUAUGUGAACUUGCGCAGUUAAACUUGUCUAACACUUGAGGGAAUCAUUCACUUGCAUGUUCCAGCUGUCACCCAGGAAUAGAAAGGCUGCUCAACUAUAAAAACAGUUGAAUUUGAACUUUAUUGAUGCAAUGUGUAAAAUGUACAAAUUGUUUGUACAGUAGCAGGUGAUAUGUAACCCCCCAAAGCACAAAAGAUUAUUUCUCUUGUGUGCACAAGAUAAUAUAUUGUGUUAUUUAAGUUAUGGUCAUACAUGAAAUAAGUAACAACCGAUGCACAUAAAGAAAAUGUAUAAUAUAACCUAAGAAUAAGUAAUGUAUGUCAUUGAUGUCAAAUUUUACAUUUACUGCCUUAAUUCUCAACAUGCCUCAUGACAAGAGUCUGAACUGAAGCAUCUGUCAUUUAUUCAUUUUCUUAUUAUUAUUGUCCUGUGGCUUCCAUACUCUUCUACAAUUGUAAAACAAAUAUUUUUUGGUUGGUGUUGGUGACACAAAACAAGACAUUUAAAGAAGUCGCCUUAAGGUUAAGGAUCUUCGAUGGAGAUUUUCCACAAUUUUCUAAUAUUUUCUUGACCAAACAACUAAUCAAUUAAUCGAGAAAAUAAUCACAGAUUAAUGAUAAAGACUUUAAUUGUUAGUUGCAGCCAUAUAUCUCAUCACAUUCCCAUCAGUCUCCACAGAGUGUCUCCUUACAGCAAAAAGGUCCCAGAUUCCAUCCAUCCUGGCCUCUAAUGGGGAACCCUGUCAAGCUUCAGCAUCUAAUCAUUAAUAGAUCUAUGUUCCAACCAUCACUCCUGAUCAUGAGCUUUGAGGUAGUGACUGAGAAAAUGGGUAGCAGAACCGCUGCUCCCUCGUGACAUAUUGCUACUUUUAAAGGAGCAUUUUUACUGCAUUUUUGUUGUCUUAGUACUUGUACUUUGUGCAAUGACAAUAAAGUUGAUUCUAAUCUAAUCUAGUGAACAGGAUUGUUCAAUGUGACUAACAUCAGGGUUGAGAUCCAAAAUGAUUGAGUAAUAUUUUGCCCUCCUUACACCUUAGCAACAUGAUCCCAGAUAACUAGCUAAACAUGGCCAUAAGCUUUGUGUAUGCAGUGCGUGUGUUGCAGAAUGUUUUGCUUUUUAUUCCAAUGUUAACAAAUCAGAGCAGGCACACUGCCCACAUGAGCAAUACGUCUCUGCAGCAACACUUCACUAGAGAGUUGAGGUCUUGCAUAUCUUUUCUAUGUGCCAUUACUAACAAAAACAGACACUAUCAAAGGGACUGGGUCUGGCAACAGACUGCUGCUCUUGCUGUAUUCCCACUAGGAGGGACUGGAAACAGAACAAACAACAACGCUACCAAACUCCCUCGGAAGGUAAAACCGUCUCAAGAGAAGUUUGAUAACACUGUUGUUUGUGCUGUAUAGGGUGGAGAUGAUAGCAACAUAAACUCAACGGUGUUUGUCACUGAUGAUAAUCUGGAGCAGACUGGCAGAGCGAACCCCGAGCCGAUCCCAAGCAAGGUGAUAUAUCAUGUGCCUAAUCGUACAUCCCUCUAGAUGUUCAUACAUUUUCAGGACUCGAGAGAUAAAAGAGAGAAAGAUCACAGACACAGAUACAACCUCUGACAGAUUGAAGACACUAAAGAAGACAAUGCCAGCAAACUUGCCUUUCGACUUUAAGAAAUGGACUGUGGAGCAAAUUGUGCAGUACCUUGAACAAGAAGAACUUGGACAAUUGGCAAAUAAAUUCAAAGAUAAAGACUUCACUGGUGACAAACCACAAACUCUAACAGCUGACAAUCUGAAGGAUAUGGGCAUAAAGAAACCUAAUGAUCGUGAGAGAAUCCUGCUCUGUAUCAGGAAGCUCUGGGAAGUCCAAGGCAAGUUCCAGAGACUACGAAACCUCAAGCAGCUCGGAGGGACAUACUUGGUUUUUCCUGGAGCAUCCCACAACCGCUUCGAACACUCCAUAGGGGUGGGUUACUUGGCAGGACGACUGGUACAAGCUCUGAACGAGAGGCAGCCAGAACUCCUCAUCUCUCGAAGAGACAUCCUUUGUGUGCAGAUUGCUGGACUGUGCCACGACCUAGGACAUGGGCCAUUCUCCCAUAUGUUUGAUGGGAUGUUCAUCCCCAAAGCGCGUCCAGGAAUUGCCUGGAAGCAUGAGACCGCCUCUCUGGCCAUGUUUGACUACCUGGUGAAAGACAACGGCCUGAAGCCGGUGAUGGAGCAGCACGGCCUGGUGCUGCCCGAUGACCUGGACUUCAUCAAGGAACAGAUUGCUGGACCACUGGUCACUGAUGCAGCUGGCCCGAAGUCAUCUCCACAGUGGCCAUAUAAAGGCCGUCCAGAAGACAAGUCCUUCCUCUAUGAAAUCGUUGCCAACAAAAGAAAUGGCAUUGAUGUGGACAAGUGGGACUACUUUGCCAGGGACUGCUACCACCUGGGCAUCCAGAACAACUUUGACUACCGCCGCUUCCUAAAGUUUGCCAGGGUGUGUGAGGUGGACGGGCAGAAGCACAUCUGCACUAGAGACAAGGAGGUGGGCAAUUUGUAUGACAUGUUCCACACAAGGAACUGUCUCCACAGAAGAGCCUACCAGCACAAAGUGGGCAGCAUCAUAGAGACUAUGAUCACAGAGGCCUUUCUAAAAGCAGACAAGCACAUCAAGAUUGAAGGCACAGGAGGGAAGAUGUUCACUCUCUCCACAGCCAUCGAUGACAUGGAGGCCUACACCAAGCUGACAGAUUAUGUGUUUGAACAAAUACUGAACUCCUCCUCCCCCGAGCUGACUGAGGCAAGGCAGAUCCUGCGUAACAUCGUCUGUCGACGCCUCUAUAAGUGUUUGGGCCAAACCCAGGCAGAUCAAACCAUCAACGUCACCCAGGAGAAGAUUCGCUCCUGGGAAGAAGAUUUGGCCCAAACCAUCCCUCAGAGUGGCACCCAGGAUGUCAGUCUGCAGCCAGAGGACUUUAUAGUUAAUGUAAUUUCUAUGGACUAUGGGAUGAAGGAGAAGAACCCCAUCAACAAUGUGCGUUUCUAUUGCAAGAACAACCCAAACACAGCCAUCCAGAUUCGCAAGAACCAGGUGUCUAAACUUCUUCCAGAGCAGUUUGCUGAGCAGCUGAUCAGGGUCUACUGCAAGAAGACAGAUGAGAGGAGUCUGGACGCAGCAAAGAAGCACUUCGUCCAGUGGUGCAUGGACAAGAACUUUUCAAAGCCUCAGGAUGGAGACAUAAUAGCACCUGAGUUGACGCCUCUGAAAGCAAGCUGGUCGAACAACAAUGAAGGCGAGGAUGGUGAAGGUGGCUGCUCCAGAGAAGCAAACUAUGCUUGUGUAAACGGACAAAAGAAAGCCAAAAUACGGCUUUUUUAAAUGAGAGGAAGAGAGCAGACGACCCCUCUGUUACACAUUUGGUAGAUGAGACAGUGUUGAGUGAAAUUUAUAUUUUUGUAUGAGGUGAGUUUGUUGAUGAGCACAGCAAAGUUUAAAAUCAAUAUUUGAAAUCCAAAUUUUUUACACAAAAAGGAAAUAAUUUAAUUGUUUCAAUAAGGAGGAUUCAUGAAUGCAUAUUCAGGGCCUGCACGCAGGGUUUUUACAGACAUGGUUCCUCUUCAGUACACAUAUUUUUGUUUUAGUGUGAUCAUUUUUAAUCUGGUUUUAUUUUAGACUCCCCUUUCCAUUUGGAGCUGCAAGUGUCACAUUUUUAAGUUGAUUUAUUGUUUAAUACCAUGUCUAUGCAGUAGCUUACUAUCAUGUAUUCACAUUAUAAACAAUAAAUCAUGGUCAGUCAAAAUGUUGUACCCUAAACAUGUGCUCACUAUAUUUCAGGGUGGUUUUUUUUUUACGGCUGAUGUGUUUCUUUUAUCUGGCUUUUAAAAUAAGUAUAUCAUAUCUGCAGUCCGUUUGUGACAUUUAACAUUUGUUUUUAGUUGUGGGAUUGUUUAGAAAUUUGUUGUGAACUUACUUUGAAUGUAUUUAUUUUUCAGAGGUGUUUGGGGUGACUUUAUUUAUUGUUCUUACAGUGAGUACCUCAGAUUUAUCCCUGUUUGUUAUAGAUAUAGAUCUGUAACAAUUUAAAGGCUAUUUUGGAUACUAUUUAAAGUGUUUUGUGAAACACUACUCUUACCAAAAUGUGAUGCAGCCUCAUCCAGCUUGCCUCAUAGCUGUUUUCACUUGAUCUGUAUAAAAAAUAUUUUUGAAAGAAUGUAAAGUGGGUACUAAAGGGUUUGAGAAGAUUGUGUAAAUGUUACUCCUCUUGUUAAGGGUUGAAAACUGUCGAAAUAAAACACUCUUUCUCAGUA